UCACCAUGAGCUCGAAGCCUACUAGUCCUAAGCUGCACAGUCGUUUGCAGGAAAAAACUGAUCUGCAAAAUUUAAAUGAUCGCUUUGCAUGUUAUAUAGAUCGGGUAAGGCAUUUAGAAGCUGAAAAUUCACGCUUAAGUAGAACACUUCAGUUAUCAAAAGAGACUGAAACUAGAGAAACCUUAACUUUGAGGACUACAUAUGAUAAAGAACUGUCGGAUGCUCGAAAAUUGUUAGAUGACACUGCCAGAGACAAGGCAAAACUCGAAAUUGAUGCUCAGAGAUUAUGGGAGGAAAAUCAUGAGUUGAAAACAAGGCUAGACAAGAAAUCAAAAGAUUUAAUCUUAGCCGAGACUGAUGUUCGAAAGUAUGAGAGCAAAUGCUCGGAACUCAAUGGUAAAUUCAAUAUGGCUGUUUUAGAAUGCAAUAAAGCAAUAGAUGAUCGCAAGGAAUUAGAGAGUGAGCUGAAUAACCGAAGAAAUCAAUUAGAAGAACUUCGCAAAAAUCUAGAAGAAGAAAUAUUAGUUCGUGUAGAUGUAGAAAAUAAUUUGCAGAGUUUGAGGGAGGAAUUAGCUUUUAAACAUGAGGUCUAUCAGCAAGAACUCAAAGAAACUAGUAUGCGACGUAAGGUUGAAUUAAGUGAAAUUGAUGGAGAUCUUGCAAAACAAUAUGAAGCAAAAAUGCAAGAGACUAUGCAGGAACUUCGUGAUCAGUAUGAGGAACAAAUUAGUUCAAACCGCGCUAAAAUUGAAGACAUCUAUAAACAAAAGAUCAAAAAUUUAGAAGGUGUGGCUACUCACAACAGUAGUGCUGCUACAGCAGCAGCUGAAGAAUUAAAUCAAGCACGAACUAAGAUUGAAGGUUUAUGCAAUCGUGUAAAUGAAUUGGAGGCUUCUUACAAUGCUGCUAAUCAACGCAGCAAAGAGUUAGAAAAAACGCUAGAAGAAGCACAUAGGCGUCAUUCUGAUGAUAUGCAUCAAGUAGAAGCAGAAUUGCGCCUCCUCCGAGAGGAAAUGGUUGGGCAGUUGCAGGAAUAUCAAGAUCUGAUGGAUAUUAAGGUCUGCUUAGAUAUGGAAAUAGCAACCUAUAGGAAAUUGCUAGAAGGCGAGGAAACCAGAUUAAACACCAGCCAGGCAACAUCCAGCACAGGUGGAAAGCGUAAACGCACUUUACUGAAAGAAUCGCAUGAAAUCAGUCUUAGUGAAUUUACUGAACAUGUAAUCUGCAAAGGAGAUAUUGCAAUAAUAAUGAAAUGUGACGCAGAAGGUCGUUACAUUAAGCUGACAAAUAAUGGGAUUAAAGAAGUUUUUCUUGGUGGCUGGAAACUUAUCCAAAAAGCAGGUAAUGCUGAAACUGUGUUCAAAUUUCACCACACUCUUAAACUCGAUCCUGGGGCAAGCACUACUGUUUGGUCACUGAAUGAGCAGCAACAUCAUGAACCU